AUGGCUUCUUCAGUACCAGGCCCAAUUGCAUUACCAGAAUCGCGUUAUGAUUUGUCUACCUACUGGGGCAGAGUGCGCCACUGCAUGGAGAUCGUCGAUCCUACCAUGUUGCUCACUACUUCCAAGGACCUUGUUCGCGCUAGGGAGAUCGUGAGCUCGUAUCGUCAUGGAGAGUUGAAGGAAACCACGCCUGAGUUUUGGCACGCUAAGAAACAACUGGACUCCACGGUGCAUCCAGAUAACGGUGAGACUGUGCUUUUACCGUUCCGUAUGUCCAGCAAUGUCUUGUCGAAUUUGGUGGUUACCGCAGGUAUGCUGACGCCAAACCUGGGCACUGCUGGUACUUUGUUCUGGCAGUGGGCAAACCAAUCGCUGAACGUUGCUGUGAACUCGGCCAACGCCAAUAAGUCGCAUCCAAUGUCCACCAAGCAGCUGAUAACGAACUAUGCGGUUGCCGUGAGUGCUUCUUGUGGUGUCGCUGUUGGUCUGAAUAAACUGGUGCCCAGAUUGAAGAACUUGAAGCCGCACACAAAAUUGAUCUUGGGACGGUUAGUGCCUUUCGCUGCCGUCGUCAGCGCUGGUAUCGUCAACGUUUUCCUCAUGAGAGGCAAUGAAAUCAGGAAAGGUAUCUCUGUUUAUGAUGAAAAUGGCGACGAAGUGGGAAAAUCUAAAAAAGCCGCUGUCAUUGCGGUUGGUGAAACCGCUUUGAGUAGGGUCAUCAAUGCUACGCCUGUCAUGGUCGUGCCACCAUUGGUUCUGGUCAGAUUGCAGAGAUCUGUGCUCAAGGGUAAGUCGCUUGGUGUCCAAACAGUUGCUAAUUUGGGUGUCAUCGCUCUAACCGCUUUCACUGUCUUGCCAUUUGCUCUGGCGCUCUUCCCGCAGAGACAAGGCAUUCAUUUGAGCAAACUGGAGCCAGAAUUGAGAGAUAAGAAGGAUAAAAACGACAAGCCGAUUAAUUUGGUCUACUUCAACAGAGGUAUGUAA